CAUCAAUACGUUUAUUAAUCUUGCAUGCAGUUGGUUUUGCUUGUUUGUUUGAUUUUGUUGUUUAUAUUUUAUUACUAACAAAUGCUUGAAUAAAUUACCUACACAAAUACUGUACAUCAUAAUUCCUAAUAAAAAUGGAUGUAGGCGAAUUACUUUCAUUUAAACCUACACCUACACCUAAAAGACCUAAUGAAGAGGAUAGUAGUGAUUCAGAUGACGAACAUACGAGAAAAAGAAUAAAACGUCUUGUUAAGUCCAACACCGACCCAAUACUUCAUUUGAGCAGAGGUCUUCCAAAAGAACCCACAAUAACGGACAAGGAAAGAGAAGAUAUAUUAAGAUUUGUAGAAACAGAAGUUACGGAGGGAGAGGUUCUCGAUGAGACUGCUGUAAAAAAAUUAGUUUUAAAUUUUGAAAAGAAAGCUUUGAAAAACAGAGAGAUGCGUAUUAAGUUUCCUGAUCAACCAGAGAAGUUUAUGGACAGUGAAAUUGACUUACAUGAAGCUUUACAGGAACUGAGUGCAGUGGCUACUGUACCUGAUCAGUAUCCAUUACUUGUAGAAUUAAAAUGUAUCAAUUCUUUACUGGAAUUGUUGUCUCAUGACAACACAGACAUAUCCACAAAAGUUGUUCAUCUCUUACAGGAGUUCACAGAUGUCGAUAUUCUGCAUGAGAGUGAGGAAGGUGCAGAAGAGCUGAUCAGUGCCCUUGCUGAAGCAGAGUGCCCAGCUCUUUUACUACACAAUCUAAACCGCCUUGAUGAACAAGUGCCAGAUGAGAGAGAUGCUGUCCACAAUACUCUUGGAAUAAUUGAAAACAUUACAGAGUUCAGAACUGAACUUUGUCUGGAAGUGGCAAAGCAAGGAUUCAUGCAGUGGAUUCUCAAACGACUGAAGCUAUUUUUGCAGAUGAAAGUACCUUUUGAUGGGAACAAGUUAUAUGCAACAGAAAUCCUUUCAAUACUUCUGCAAAAUACUCCUGAAAAUAGAAAACUACUUGGAGAAUUGGAUGGAAUUGAUGUUCUAUUACAACAGCUUGCGUUCUACAAGCGUCACGACCCGAGCGGCGCGGAGGAGCAGGAGGCGAUGGAAAACAUGUUCGACGCGCUUUGCUGCGCGCUGCUGGAGCCCGCCAACCGCGAGCGCUUCCUGCGCGGCGAGGGGCUGCAGCUCAUGAACCUCAUGCUCAGAGAAAAAAAGAUGUCCCGGAACGGUUCGCUGAAGGUGCUGGACCACGCGCUGGCGGGCGCGGACGGGCGCGACAACUGCAACAAGUUCGUGGACAUCCUCGGCCUGCGCACCGUGUUCCCGCUCUUCAUGAAGACGCCCAAGCGGAAGCGGAUACUGACCGUCGAUCAGCAUGAAGAGCACGUGGUAUCAAUAAUAGCGUCGAUGUUGCGCAACUGCCAAGGAAGCCAGAGGCAGAGGUUGCUGGCCAAGUUCACUGAGAACGACCUGGAGAAGGUGGACCGGCUGCUGGAGCUGCACUUCAAGUACAUGGACAAAGUGGACCGCACGGAAAAGGAAAUGGAGCAAGAGGGUGAAGAGUUGGACGACGACGCGCAAUAUUUGAAACGUUUAUCUGGCGGUCUUUUCACGUUGCAGUUAAUUGACAGGAUAAUAUUAGAGGUGUGUACAGCGGGCCCGUCCAGCAUCAAGCAGAGAGUACAGCGAGUGCUGUCGCUGCGAGGCGGCUCUCUGAAGAUCAUCCGACACGUCAUGAGAGAAUACGCGGGCAACCUCGGCGACGUAGGCAGCGAGGAGUGGCGGCAGCAGGAACAGCAACACAUCUUGCAGCUCGUCGAUAAGUUUUAGAUUUCAGUAUUGUACCAUAAUAUGAGAGGUAAUAAAGUCAUAAUAGAUUUUUUUU